CCAUGAGGUGCCACGUAGCCUCCAGCUGCCUCGUGGUCUGGCUUUCUUUGCUCAUCUCUGGAUGCUGGGGCCAGGUGAACCGACUGCCCUUCUUCACCAACCACUUCUUUGACACAUACCUGCUGAUCAGUGAGGAUACGCCUGUGGGUUCCUCUGUGACCCAGUUGCUGGCCCGAGACAUGGACAAUGACCCUCUGGUGUUUGGCGUGUCUGGGGAAGAGGCCUCCCGCUUCUUUGCUGUGGAGCCUGACACAGGCGUGGUGUGGCUCCGGCAGCCGCUGGACAGAGAGACCAAGUCAGAGUUCACAGUGGAGUUCUCUGUCAGCGACCACCAGGGGGUGAUUACAAGGAAGGUGAACAUCCAGGUCGGGGACGUGAAUGACAACGCACCCACAUUUCAUAAUCAGCCCUACAGUGUCCGCAUCCCUGAGAACACACCGGUGGGGACGCCCAUUUUCAUUGUGAACGCCACAGACCCUGACCUGGGUGCAGGCGGCAGCGUCCUCUACUCCUUCCAGCCCCCCUCCCAGUUCUUUGCCAUCGACAGCGCACGCGGCAUCGUCACAGUGAUCCGGGAGCUGGACUACGAGACCACGCAGGCCUACCAGCUCACCGUCAACGCCACAGAUCAAGAUAAGACCAGGCCUCUGUCUACCCUGGCCAACUUGGCCAUCAUCAUCACAGACGUCCAGGACAUGGACCCCAUCUUCAUCAACCUGCCUUACAGUACCAACAUCUACGAGCAUUCUCCUCCGGGCACAACAGUGCGAAUUAUCACUGCCAUUGACCAGGAUAAAGGACGUCCCCGGGGAAUUGGCUACACUAUCGUCUCAGGGAACACCAACAGCAUCUUUGCCCUGGACUACAUCAGUGGGGCACUGACCUUGAAUGGCCUGCUGGACCGGGAGAACCCCCUGUAUAGCCAUGGCUUCAUCCUGACCGUGAAGGGCACAGAGCUAAAUGAUGACCGCACCCCAUCCGACGCCACAGUGACCACAACCUUCAACAUCCUGGUGAUUGACAUCAAUGACAACGCCCCAGAGUUCAACAGCUCUGAGUACAGCGUGGCCAUCACUGAGCUGGCACAGGUCGGCUUUGCUCUGCCCCUCUUCAUCCAGGUGGUAGACAAGGACGAGAACCUGGGCCUGAACAGCAUGUUUGAGGUGUACCUGGUGGGGAACAACUCCCACCACUUCAUCAUCUCCCCCACCUCCGUCCAAGGGAAGGCAGAUAUUCGCAUCCGAGUGGCAAUCCCCCUGGACUAUGAGACUGUGGACCGCUACGACUUUGAUCUCUUUGCCAAUGAGAGUGUGCCUGACCAUGUGGGCUAUGCCAAGGUGAAGAUCACCCUCAUCAAUGAGAAUGACAACCGGCCCAUCUUCAGCCAGCCACUGUACAAUGUCAGCUUGUACGAGAAUGUCACUGUGGGGACCUCGGUGCUAACAGUCCUGGCAACAGACAAUGAUGUGGGCACCUUUGGGGAAGUCAACUACUUCUUCAGCGAUGACCCUGACCGGUUCUCUCUGGACAAGGACACAGGACUCAUCAUGCUGAUUGCCAGACUGGACUACGAGCUCAUCCAGCGCUUCACCUUGACAGUCAUUGCCCGGGACGGGGGCAGUGAGGAGACCACAGGCCGGGUCAGGAUCAACGUGUUGGAUGUCAAUGACAACGUGCCCACCUUCCAAAAGGAUGCCUAUGUGGGCGCCCUGAGAGAGAAUGAGCCUUCCGUCACACAGCUGGUGCGACUCCGGGCAACGGAUGAAGACUCGCCUCCCAACAACCAGAUCACCUACAGCAUUGUCAAUGCCUCCGCCUUUGGCAGCUACUUCGACAUCAGCAUGUAUGAAGGCUAUGGUGUGAUCAGCGUGAGCCGCCCCCUGGAUUAUGAACAGAUACCCAAUGGGCUGAUUUAUCUGACCGUCAUGGCCAAGGACGCUGGCAACCCCCCUCUGAACAGCACUAUCUCUGUCACCAUUGAGGUGUUUGAUGAGAAUGACAAUCCUCCCACCUUCAGCAAGCCUGCCUACUUCGUCUCUGUGGUGGAGAACAUCAUGGCAGGAGCCACGGUGUUGUUCCUGAAUGCCACAGACCUGGACCGCUCCCGGGAGUAUGGCCAGGAGUCCAUCAUCUACUCCUUGGAGGGCUCUUCCCAGUUCCGGAUCAAUGCCCGCUCAGGUGAAAUCACCACCACCUCCCUGCUUGACCGUGAGACCAAGUCUGAGUACAUCCUCAUCGUCCGGGCAGUGGACGGGGGCGUGGGCCACAACCAGAAAACCGGCAUCGCCACUGUGAACAUCACCCUCCUGGACAUCAAUGACAACCACCCCACCUGGAAGGACGCUCCCUACUACAUCAACCUGGUGGAGAUGACCCCUCCAGACUCUGACGUGACCACGGUGGUGGCCGUGGAUCCAGACGUGGGGGAGAACGGCACCCUGGUGUAUAGCAUCCAGCCACCCAACAAGUUCUACAGCCUCAACAGCAGCACGGGCAAGAUCCGCACCACCCACGUCAUGCUGGACCGGGAGAACCCCGACCCCCACGAGGCAGAGCUGAUGCGCAAAAUCGUCGUCUCCGUCAGCGACUGUGGCACACCCCCUCUGAAAGCCACCAGCAGUGCCACAGUGUUUGUGAACCUCUUGGACCUCAAUGACAAUGACCCCACCUUUCAGAACCUGCCUUUUGUGGCCGAGGUGCUUGAAGGUACCCCUGCAGGGGUCUCUGUCUACCAGGUGGUGGCCAUCGACCUGGACGAGGGCCUGAACGGGCUGGUGUCCUACCGCAUGCAGGUGGGCAUGCCCCGCAUGGACUUCGUCAUCAACAGCAGCAGCGGUGUGGUGGUCACCACCACCGAGCUGGACCGUGAGCGCAUCGCCGAGUACCAGCUGCGCGUGGUGGCCAGCGAUGCAGGCACGCCCACCAAGAGCUCCACCAGCACACUCACCAUUCGAGUGCUGGAUGUGAAUGACGAGACACCCACCUUCUUCCCUGCUGUGUACAAUGUCUCCGUGUCGGAGGAUGUGCCACGGGAGUUCCGGGUGGUCUGGCUGAACUGCACGGACAACGACGUGGGCCUCAACGCCGAGCUCAGCUACUUCAUCACAGGUGGAAAUGUGGAUGGGAAGUUCAGUGUUGGCUACCGUGAUGCCACAGUGAGAACGGUGGUGAACCUGGACCGGGAGACCACAGCCACAUACAUGCUCGUUCUGGAGGCCAUCGACAAUGGCCCCGUGGGCAAGCGGCGCACAGGCACAGCUACCGUGUUUGUCACCGUCCUGGAUGUGAAUGACAACCGGCCCAUCUUUCUGCAGAGCAGCUACGAGGCCAGCAUCCCCGAGGACAUCCGUGAGGGCCACAGCAUCGUGCAGCUAAAAGCCACAGAUGCAGACGAGGGCGAGUUUGGGCGUGUGUGGUACCGCAUCCUUCACGGUAAUCAUGGCAACAACUUCCGGAUCCACGUCAGCAAUGGGCUCCUCAUGCGAGGGCCCCGGCCCCUGGACCGGGAGCGGAACUCAUCACACGUUCUUAUAGUGGAGGCCUACAACCACGACUUGGGCCCCAUGCGGAGCUCCGUCAGGGUGAUUGUGUACGUGGAGGAUGUCAACGACGAGGCCCCGGUGUUCACGCAGCAGCAGUACAGCCGCCUGGGGCUUCGCGAGACAGCGGGCAUUGGCACGUCAGUCAUCGUCGUCCGAGCCAUGGACCGAGACACGGGGGACGGUGGCCUGGUGAACUACCGCAUCCUGUCGGGCGCUGAGGGGAAGUUUGAGAUUGAUGAGAGCACGGGGCUUAUUAUCACCGUGGAUUACCUGGACUACGAGACCAAGACCAGCUACCUGAUGAACGUGUCCGCCACUGACCAGGCACUCCCCUUCAACCAGGGCUUCUGCAGUGUCUACAUCACUCUGCUCAACGAGCUGGAUGAGGCUGUGCAAUUCUCCAACGCCUCCUACGAGGCUGCCAUCUGGGAGAAUCUGGCACUGGGCACCGAGAUUGUGCGUGUCCAGGCCUACUCCAUUGACAACCUCAACCAGAUCACCUACCGCUUUGAUGCCUACACCAGCGCCCAGGCCAAAGCCCUCUUCAAGAUAGAUGCCAUCACGGUGAGGGAGGCUGGGGACAAGCCCAGCCAGGGCCCCAUCAGAGGGCAGGGAGCGCAAUUCCUUUAAAGCUAACCCGCGUUGAUUGAGCUCCUUCUAUAUGACCAGCACUCUCUUCUUUGUCAUAAACAUCCCUUUAAUACAUCCCUUUAACAUGUAGUGAUAAGAUAAAG